CAAGUUACCAAACUGUAAAUAAAUCUUCAACUCUCACAGGCGUUUUCGUCAGAACUCACAUACACUGAACCUGCAACGCUACGAUAUUUCCAAUCCUACUAGCUUUUCUCUUUCACCUCAAACUGACGUACUGUAAUACUUUUUCCAAACAUAUCUUGGGAUACAAAAUAUCAAUAUGUCGUCAGUCACAACCGACCAACUUGCUCUCGCGCGGGAAGUCUGUCGUCCAAAUCUUGUAAAGCAUCUCAUGCUGUCGAACAAACUCGCCCACUCUUUCGGGCUUCGUGUUGCCUUCUCUACCGAAAUGCCGCUGGUUGCUAAGCGCGCGGGCUAUUCGGCUGUGCUGAUGAACCUUGAGCACAUGGCCAUGAGCAUGGAGACCAUGAAAGACAUUGCCGUUUCGUGCUUAAAUGUCGGGAUCACGCCGACAGUAGUUGUACCAACGUGCGCUCCCGAUUGGAUCUCUCGCUGUUUGGACUCUGGUGCGCAAGCCGUCAUCGUGCCUCACGUCAACAAUGUUGAAGAGGCAAGGAUGUGCGUCAAUGCUUCGAAAUUUCCACCGCUAGGACACCGAUCAGUGACUAUGGUCACCGCAAUGACACAGUAUACAACGGAACUGUCUUACGCGACUAUCGCCGAGGUCGUUAACAACGAAGUGCUCAUUAUGCCCAUGAUUGAAACGAAAGAAGGGGUCGAGAACGUAGAAGCGAUUGCAGCUGUGCCAGGUAUUGAUGCUUUGUUUAUUGGCUGCGCAGAUCUUUGCAUGGAGCUCGGAAUCCCUGGUCAGUACGAUUCGGAUAUUUUCCAUUCGACUAUUGCGAAAAUUGCUGCUGCCGCCGAAAAAGCAAGUAUAGAUGGACGCAAAAUCUUUGUUGGCCUAGGCGGGCUUGAACCUAGGCCAGACUUAUUGGAAGAGUUGGCUGGACGGCAUGCUCCCAUCAGAUUUGCAAUGGCUGGACGUGACCUGGCACUGUUAUUAGCCGGCAUGUCAAAACAAGCUACCGCAAUGAACGAAAUAUCCGCCAGGCUCCAAUAGACGUUUUAGCUGCAUUCCCACACGCUUUCAGCUCUUGGGUUCUGAUCUUCCAAUAAACGAUCGAAUUUGCGCCCCUUCAAGCUGCAGUGCAGAGUGUAUCGAUAAGCAAUCAGUUAGAGCAUAUACAUCCUCGACCAGAGCAAAUUGGGUCACAACCGAACAACCAUGUUCUUGUAUGGAUUAUAAACGUUGUUUUGAUAUAUAUGUUUUAUUUGGGUCCGCCGAUGUUCACAACACUCUUUUUUGUAGACGUGGAAACUGUCACGCUGUGAG